AUGGAAACGUUGAUCUCGGAGCAGGAGAUCCUACAGAAGGCAGCAAACACCAUGCUGGAGAAGGUGGGUUAUGGGAGAGCCUUCCAGGAGACACAGGGGGACGUAGCAGGAUAUGUAUUUUCCUCCUUCCCCUUCUUCCACCCCGCCGAGGGAAAACAGCUCUCCUUUUCCCUCGCUGAGGGAAGCCGCUGCCCCGCCGCGGGGGAAGCGGAGCCGGCCCGGAGCCCCCGCGGCUCGGCUCAGCGGGGUGUGUGGGGGGAAGCCCGGGGGUCGGGACGGGAGCUCGGCGGGGAGCUGGCUCUGCUGAGCAGCCGCCCCUUCCCUUGCCCCGGGGCGCUGGGAUUCCCGCUGGAGCGGGCGGCCAGCCGCGCCAACACCGUCCGCAGCUUCCACCACGAAGAAGUUUUGGAAGAACUGCCAGAAACGAGUGGGAAAACAGCACGGCGUUUCUUCUUUAAUUUAACUUCCAUCCCUAAUGAGGAGUCUAUCACCUCAGCUGAACUCCAAAUUUUUCGGCAACAAGUGCACGGAGCCUUUGAGAACAACAGCAGCUACCAUCACCGUAUUAAUAUUUAUGAAAUUAUAAAGCCAGCCACAGCCACCUCUAAGGACCCUGUCACAAGACUUUUGGACACCAGGUUGGUGCAUCAUAAUGCAAGUAAAUGGGAAAGUUUUGAUGUAACGCCAGCUGUUUUGAGGUGGAUUGCACAUGGACAACCUAAUCAUGGGUUUGUGGUAGAGGUGGUUCACUUGGACAAAGAGAACAGUGCCUCCAAGAGGCACGUUAGGAUUAGCAGGUCUUUACAUCAGGAUGAAGAUAGCUGGUCUCAGCUCAGGCCAUUGUUAGUGACGUUUGGGCAUGAUGGCAAGGGACACCCGCUCCAUAAAAGAGAAAAGCGUCAAGCGAAACACAAACAGCGUAAACGCCACAAAUACAGUUGCAAAAGGCAUCCCUUGUAUGUGGACUUCAAUGAUGUGGGGUGGAAUGACUGGAUUGUUGCCCCGCCGGGGUAUAGUGCCUUUUACUGCCAUGGGGAAUGUCCUUUUCCUCUGGCAGAUCAUCUAAACUCAACAAACCAUGCCAUUGUUCAGACUUUGGUCAAUUCAGUGAAUUCCAAAAUCCCCAAGGCUUGCUGUGUGCCGACAGAACUGAGUGCUAUUUCCAUGCUCUACCUUGAUGAAAAUGAAAAAGUUGUAUUAAAGAACUAUCAAGAUAUGGUUGUGGAGGGUUGUGGGUGCCGCUGACACAGCAAAUAUAUUAGACAAAUGCAAAAAAAAAAAAAAAUAGCUGACACUUUAAUAUUUCCCAAUGAAGACUUUAUUUAUGUAAUGAAAUGGAAAGAAAAAAAACACAACUAUUUUGAAAAUAUAUUUAUGUCUACAAAAAAGUUGGGAAAACAAAUAUUUUAAUCAGAGAAAUAUUCCUUUAAAGAUUUUAAAUGUAUUUUAGUUGUACAUUUUAUAUGGGUUUAACCCCAGCACAUGAAGUAUAAUGGUCAGAUUCUUAUUUUGUAUUUAUUUACUAUUAUAACCACUUUUUAGAAGAAUAGCUAAUUUGUAUUUAUAUGUAAUCAAAAAAGAAAAAAAUAUAGGGUUUGUACAUAAUUUUCCAAAAUUGUAGCUGUUUCAAUUGUGUGUAUUUAAGUUGAAAAGAACACAUGGAAGGUUACUAUGGCAAAGUGCAUAGCACAUUUGCUUUCUGCUGUGCUACUGUUAAGGUCACAAGUUCAAGUCCAGAAAAAAGUGGAUAAUCCACUCUGCUGACUUUCAAGAUUAUAUUGUACAAUUCUCAGGAAUGCUGCAGGGUGGGCUGUCCAAUCCAUGAGAACUGGCAUCCUCUUUAGGUGGAACAUUUGGAUAAGAACCAGACGUUGCUGAUCUAGUAUAAAUACUGCUAUUCCCAACUAAUUUGCAGUGUGAAUAUAAGGGCCAAUAGAAAUCCUAUGGGAGGUGGGGGUGGGGGAAGACUGAAUCCUUUCUAGACCUACAGAAAAGUGAAUGUUUGAUGUUUCCUUUAAAAGUCCUUCCUUUAAAAGUCCUGGCCAAAUAUAAAAUAAAAACUAAAAUGUCAUCCUUUUUUUUUGUGAUUAUCUAUGCUAAAGAGGAAUACUUACCUAAUUUGUACUGGCCCUUGUCUUUAACAGUUGGAAAAGCCUUGCAUACUUCCUCACCUCAGAUGAGAGCUCACUUCUGUGGAGUGUUACAGUGAAAUUAAUCUGCAAUAUUUGCCCUACAUACAGCAAGCAGUGUUCAUAUGCAGCCUCCUCUCUAACCUCAGCUGAUGGUUUUGCUGUUUGGCAGAUUAGCCUCUCUUCAUUUCCAGGGUUUUGUGUUGGAAAC